UCACUAACAUGAACUCUAAGACUAUCAUUUUCGUGGCGCUCAUCGCUGUCUGCUUUGCUCAAAGAAGAGAAGACAUUUUCGCGAGAGCUGUUGGACCAUGUAUUGCAGACAAAUGUCAAUCAAGGCACACAUGUUAUUAUGGCCAAUGUGUCCCGGAAGGAAGUGCUCCACCAAUGCCAGCUCUUGAUAAAAGUGUAGCAGUCGGGCCAUGCAUUAAUUACCUGUGCCCAGGAGAUGCUUUCUGUCACCAAGGACAUUGCUAUAACAAUAAUGUUUAAUAUACAAAUUAUUUAAUCUUUAUAUCAUUUUUUUCUGAUAAUGGGAUUGUACAUAUACCUCAACACCCUUUUCAAUGAAAAAAAAAUUAUGGAGUCACGUGGAAUAAACUAUUUUUG